AUGCUGGACUUUAUGGACUAUAUCCAGCUGUCCUUCGCCGAGGCGACUCACUGGAACCGUGACAACUCGUACUCGUCACUGACAACGACCGCCCAAUCGAUUCUGGACUUCUCGACUCCCGAACGAUUGCGCGUUCACCUUUCGUCGUUGGCCACCCCUCAUUUCGCGACCAGCUACACCCUCGGCACUGUUGGACUGAUCGAUGGAUCGGUCUCAUAUCUGUUUAGUACCGUACCAUUCAACAACCUACCGAGUCGAAGCGCAUUGAUCCCGCUUCGCAAGAUAUCCCCAGGAUACCGACAAGUGCAAGCCCCCACAGCUCCGAUCCAAACAUGGGGCUGGAACUCGCUAUUAGACAGCGUGAGCAUCCCAGGGCUCAAAGACGCAAAUCACACAGAACCACCAACUCGCGCAGACGAUGAAACAAGCAAAGAAAAUGACCUAAAGCGAAAAGCAACCCUACUCCAUGCCUCACUCCACCUCCCAUCUCCAACAACCCUAUACGCCCUCUUCCUCCGCCGGAUCUCCACGAACAUGCAGCUAUCCCUAGCAGUCUGCUCAACCCAAGGACCACCACAAUCCAAGUCCGCACCGCAGGCUUCAAUGCUCACCCACCUAUCCCACGACACAGGCAAAUACAGCAACGAAUACCUCUUCAGCACCGACAACGCCCUAUUCGGCUGGCGCGGGCUCUGGAACUUCGGCCCAGACCCUCGCUACACGCCCGCCGACGCACCGCCGCCAUUAUCCCUCCUCUCCGCCGGCGCAGAGGCAUAUUACUCCCCCAUCUCGUCAUUGGUCGGCAUGUCAACCGGCCUGCGAUUCACCACAUUACCCGCAGCCACCGAAGUCCCUGUCCUCUCGUCCUCAUCAUCCCGCUCCACCACCCCAGCACCCAUCUCAACAUUCCCUUACACCCUCACACUAACACUAACACCGUUAACGGGCUCGCUAUCAACGACAUAUUCGCUUCGCGCCUCGCCCAACCUCGCCUUCAGCUCCCGCUUCGGCUUCAACGUCUACAGCUGGGAAAGCGAGAUGGUCGCUGGCUGCGAGCUGUGGCGCCAAACGCCGAAAUUCAAGUCCGGUCAUGACGACGACCUUGAAUGGGCCCGUCGCAAGAUGCGCAUGCAGGACUUUGGCGUUUCACUGCCUGGUUCGCCCGUCUCCCCGCUACUAGAGGACCCGUUGAGUCCUGAGGGUACCGUGGGUUCGAAGAGUGAUGGUGAGAUUGAGACGAGUGAUUCGGUUAUUAAGCUGCGCAUUGAUCAGUCUUGGAAUGUACGGCUUCUUUGGGAGGGGAGGGUUAAGGAGCUAUUGGUGAGCGCGGGUGUCGGGUUGGGCCCGGGUUCGUUCUCGUUGUCGCCAUCUAUCUCUUCGGCUGCUAGCGGCUCGGCUCAGAGUGGAGGUGGGGGUCCUGGGACGUCGUACUGGCGUGGGGUUGGGGUCUCGGUGCUGUACUCUUCAUAG